AUACACAAACCGGCAGCACCACACACCGAUUCAAAGAACAGAAGGAUGUUGACGUGCUGACACAACUCGACAUAGCAUCGUGCAAACUGCAAGAUUUUAGUUUGAAAACUUCACGUGAAUUUACUGUACUUCUUGCUGAGUUUCUUCCAACGAGUUGAAAGGAAAAACAAGUGAACAUGUCGGCUCGAGCGAGGGAAGAUUUGAGGGUUAAAGAUUCGUGUAUUCCCGAGUUCGUCGUGGACCCGCGGUCACAGAAGAGAUACAAAAAAGGCCGAUUUCUUGGGAAGGGUGGAUUUGCCAAGUGCUAUGAGCUGAUAGACACUGCUACCAACACCACCUAUGCAGGCAAAAUAGUCUCCAAGGCACUGCUGGUCAAACCACACCAGAAGGAGAAGAUGUCUAUGGAGAUCGCCAUUCAUCGCAGCAUCAGCCAUCCGCACAUUGUGGGCUUCCAUGGUUUCUUUGAAGACUCUGACAAUGUCUACAUUCUACUGGAACUCUGCAGAAGACGAUCGUUGAUGGAGUUACACAAGCGACGUCGCGCUAUCACGGAGCCAGAGACGCGUUACUUCAUGCGUCAUGCAAUCCUGGCCAUGCAGUACCUCCACAAGAACCAGAUCAUACAUCGCGACCUGAAACUCGGAAAUCUGUUCAUCAACGACGACAUGGACUUGAAGCUUGGAGAUUUUGGCCUGGCCACAAAAAUCGAGAGAGAAGGGGAACGCAAGAGAACUCUCUGUGGAACUCCCAACUACAUCGCCCCUGAGGUCCUCGCUAAGAAAGGACACAGUUAUGAAGUUGAUACCUGGUCUCUGGGAUGCAUCAUGUACACACUUCUAGUCGGUAAGCCACCGUUCGAGACCUCAUGUCUAAAGGACACCUAUCUACGCAUCAAGAGGAACGAGUACAGCAUUCCGUCGCAUUGUAAGGUCUCCCCCACGGCGCGCUCGCUCAUCAGUCGCCUCCUCAAGAACAAUCCCCACGAGCGGCCCAGCAUCAACACCCUCCUCGAGGACAGCUUCUUCACCAGCGAUUACCUGCCGCCUAAGCUUCCGACGACCUGCCUGACGAUCGCACCGCGAUUUGCCCCGAUGGCGAUGCCCCGUAAACCACUCAAAGAGAUCAAUGCAAAAGAUGAAAACGUGUCGCCACUUUUUGGUGCCAUGAAGACUGGAACGGACAUGCUGCAUAAAGCCAGUGUGCCCAAAGCCUCCCAGGGUAACAGUGAGAAUCCGGAUCGACCAGCCGUCUCCGCUAUCCCAUCCGCUAGGCUGCCGUCUACAAAGGCCGAAGAAGAUUGUUCUUACUUGACCGAGCUGCUUGGCCAACUUGUAUCAGUCGUCCACUCAAAACCACAGGAUAUCAAAGACAUGAGAAUGGAUGAUGCAGAGGAUCCAGCAGCCGCCCCCGUCCUAUGGAUCAGUAAAUGGGUAGACUACUCAGAUAAAUACGGUCUGGGGUAUCAACUCAGCGACGGAAGCUUUGGGGUUCUCUUCAAUGAUUCUACCAAACUCUUGCUACAGACAAACGGAGAUAACAUGGAGUACAUAGAACGAGAUGGGACCGAGAAAAUCUUCACCAUUGACACUUUCUCCGAAAGCAUGCGCAAGAAAGUCACCCUCCUCAAGUACUUCCGCAACUACAUGAGUGAGCACCUGCUAAAGACUGGUGCCGGCGUGAAGCUAGAAUCAGACAACCUCGCCCGUCUGCCGUUCCUCCGAACCUGGUUCCGGACUCGUAGUGCAAUUGUCUUGCAUCUCAACAAUGGGACGCUACAGAUCAACUUCUUCCAAGACCACACCAAGAUCAUCCUGUGUCCUCUAAUGGGCGCCGUCACAUACAUCGAUGAGACGCGACAGUUCCACACCUACCGACUCAGCCUGAUCGAGAAGUACGGAUGCUGCAAAGAGCUGGCUAGUCGGUUGCAAUACGCUCGCAUUAUGACCGAGCGAUUGCUAGCGCCCAAAUCACAAUCUACAAAACCUCACAAGGAAAGCGCGUCGUCAGCGGUAAGCUCUAAAGAAACUGCCGUAGCAGCUAUCAGAUAGGUAUGCUAUGCUGAGUUAGAGUUGUGGUCAAGUCGAAUCUAAAGUCAAUUCACAAGUUGAUAACAGGUUGAAAUCCUAACACUGGUCACGUCUUGUGUCCGUGGGCAAGCCGUUUUACCCUAAUUGCCUCCCUCCAC